GUGCGGGACCUGCAGGUCAUCGAUGCCUACCGGGAGCACACCAAGGGCGAGAGCAUCUCCCGGAUGCUCAGCCAGGCCAUCACCGCCACCCACACCGUGCACGCCGUGCUGGGCACAGCAGAGUUCUUUGAGUUCCCUCUGAAGAACCCCUACAGCAUCCGGCACACCGUGACCAUCGAGGUUGACCAUCCUGAGCUCAGUGUCAUACUGGACUCAAGGGAGUGGCGUCACUUCAAGGAGCUGACCAAGAGCAUCACACCGGUGGAGGAGGAGAUGUUCCAUCUCUGUGAUGACCUCAGGCCUCAGGUCUACCUGCGCCCCAACGAAACUGUCCGCAUCCCCUUCAAAUACCAGACCUUCUCCGCUGACCCCGCUGUUGUCGCAGCACAGGGACCAACUGGGCUGGGAACCGGUGCUGAGGCCAUGGUGAAGAGCGGGACUGGGCAGACGAGGCACAUCCAGGUCUCUUUCCAGGUGAGCGGGGGGAAGCCCAUUGCGCUUCUGCGGGUGAAGGUGGAGCCGCAGCCCCACGUGGUGGACCAGACCUUCCGCUUCUACCACCCGGAACUCACCUUCCUGAAGAAGACCAUUCGCCUGCCCCCCUGGCACACCCUCCCUGGUGCACCAGUGGGGAUGCCAGGGGGAGAACCUGAGAUGUUUGUUCGCUGCAGUGACCCUGACAUCAUUUGUGAAACCAAAAAUAUGGGGCCUGGGGAACCACAGGACAUCUUCUUAAAAGUAGCAGGAGGACCAAGCCCGCAGAUCAAGAAGUUCUUUGUUGCUAUUUAUAUGGACGCCUGGCUGGCAGCACCUGUCCAGAUCUGGCAGUUCUACCUGCACUCGCUGCAGCGCCUGGACGUCAGCUGCACGGCCGGGCAGCUCACUCGCCUCUCCCUGCUGCUGCGGGGCACCCCAGCCCCACGGAGGGUCCGGGCAUUCAGCUCCCACCCCCAGGAGCUGGAGGUGGAUCCGGACGGUGCCUUCCUGCUCCCCGCCAACGGCAUCCAGGAUCUCUACGUGGGCGUGCGGCCUCGGCGUGCUGGCAACAGGUUCAUCUACCUCAACCUGGUGGAUGUGGAGUCCCACCAGCUGGUGUCCUCCUGGCUGCUCUGCCUGUCCUGCAGGCAGCCCCUCAUCUCCAAGGCCUUUGAGAUCUCGCUGCCGGCGGGAGGCGGGAGAGGCUGCAACAAGCGCAUCACCUACACCAACCCCUACCCCUCGCCCAGGCUCUACUUCUUGUGCACCAACCGCCCCGACCUCCUGCAGUUCAAGGAGGAUUCCUUUGAGGUUGCUGGUGGGGAGGUGUACACCAUCGGCUUGCGCUUCGCCCCGAGCCAGAGCCUGGGUGAGGAGGAGAUCCUGAUUCACAUCAACGACCACGAGGACAAGAACGAGGAGACCUUCUGCGUGAAGGUUCUCUACCAGUGA